AUGCACACCGCCAUCUUGGCCCCCCCGCCGGGUCACGUGCGGCGCGCGGGCCGCGGUCACGUGCGGCGCGCGGGCCGCGGUCACGUGCGGCGCGCGGGCCGCGGUCACGUGUGGCGCGGCCCGGUUGCCAUGGCGAGCGCGGCGCUGGGGCCGCGGGGCCUGCGCUGGGCCCUGGGCCCGCUGGGGCUCUGCUGGGCCCUGGGCCCCGCCGCCGCCACCAACAUCGUCCUGCUGCUCAUGGACGACAUGGGCUGGGGGGAUUUGGGAGCUUUCGGAGAGCCUUCUAAGGAAACCCCUAACCUAGACCAGAUGGCUGCAGAAGGGAUGCUUUUCCUGGAUUUUUAUACUGCCAGCCCCCUCUGCUCUCCCUCAAGGGCAGCACUGCUGACAGGCCGGCUCCCAGUCAGGAAUGGCUUUUACACCACCAAUGGACACGCCAGGAACGCAUACACACCACAGGACAUAGUAGGAGGAAUCCCAGAUUCUGAAUUACUGCUUCCAGAGCUCCUGAAGAAAGCUGGUUACACCAAUAAGAUCAUUGGCAAAUGGCACUUGGGGCACCGGCCCCAGUUCCACCCCCUGAAGCACGGCUUUGAUGAGUGGUUUGGGUCCCCAAACUGCCACUUUGGGCCCUACAACAGCACAGAGCGCCCCAACAUCCCCAUCUACAGGGACUGGGAGAUGGUUGGCAGAUACUAUGAAGACUUCAAAAUUGAUCUAAAGACAGGUGAAGCCAACUUGACUCAGCUCUACCUGCAGGAAGCUCUGGAUUUUAUUAGCAAGCAGCAGGCCAGCCAGCAGCCAUUCUUUUUAUACUGGGCAAUUGAUGCUACCCACGCUCCUGUCUAUGCCUCCAAACAGUUCCUGGGCACGAGUCAGAGAGGGCUGUAUGGGGAUGCUGUGCGGGAAAUCGACGACAGCGUUGGGAAAAUCCUGAAGCACCUCCAGCAGCUGGGCAUCAGUGAGAACACCUUUGUGUUUUUCACCUCUGAUAACGGAGCUGCUCUCAUUUCAGCUCCCAAGCAAGGAGGAAGCAAUGGGCCUUUCCUGUGUGGCAAACAAACCACCUUCGAGGGUGGCAUGAGGGAGCCGGCCAUCGCCUGGUGGCCCGGCCACGUCCCUGCAGGAGGGGUCAGCCAUCAGCUGGGCAGUGUGAUGGAUCUGUUCAGCACCAGCCUCUCCCUGGCGGGUCUGCAGCCUCCCAGUGACAGACAGAUUGAUGGCAUCGACCUUUUACCUGUCAUCCUGCAGGGCAAGCUAAUUGACAGGCCCAUUUUCUAUUAUCGUGGCAACGAGCUGAUGGCAGUGAGAGCUGGGCUGUACAAAGCUCACUACUGGACCUGGAGCAACUCCUGGGAGGAGCAUGGCAAGGGCAUCGAUUUCUGUCCUGGCCAGAGCGUGGCUGGAGUGACCACCCACACCCAGGAGGAGCACACCCACCUGCCCCUGCUCUUCCACCUGGGCAGGGACCCUGGUGAGAAGUACCCCUUAAGUUUUGCCAGUGAGGAGUACCAGCGGGCUGUGGAGCACAUCUCGGGGCUGGUGCAGCAGCACAAGGCCACCCUGGUGCCAGGCCAGCCCCAGCUGAACGUGUGUGACCAGGCUGUCAUGAAUUGGGCUCCUCCAGGCUGUGAGAAGCUUGGGAAGUGCCUGAAAGCACCAGAGUCUGAUCCUAAGAAAUGCUCUUGGCCUCACUGAUGGCUGCAGCCCUCCAGAGCUACCCAGAGGCAGCUGGACAUCCAGUUUCCAAUGCCUGCUCCUGCUGGCACUCCUGUUUACACAGGAAGGGUGUGAUGUGUGCAUGAUAUCAUCACUUGCUCUUCCAAAAGGGCCAGUGUUUAUAUUCCUCGUGCUCAGGGUUUAGCCUCUACUCCUCUCUUCCCCCAGUUCUUUCCCUAAAUGGUAACUCCAGUGAGGAUUGGGUCAGCUGUAAAAGCUCUCUGGACAGCCACAACCCUGCCAUCAGCCCCAUGGAUCACUCCUGCUCCUUGCACCCAGCCUUGCUCACUGGGCUGCCCCAACAGGAGCCACGGGGACAGGUCAGGAAACUCAGAGCUGCCAGAGAGCCCUGCCCAAACUGCCCAUGUUUUGUUUGCCUGUAGCUUGUUGUUUUAACAUUUGCUUUCCAUUGUGAA